GCGGAAGGGGACGGUGUGUGGGCUGGCCAGCCCUGGACGAAAGAAGAGGGCCCCUCCAGGCCAGUCUGGGCACCCUGGGACAGCGGCUGCAGCCAUCAGCAGGGGCAGAUGGCUGGUGGCCUGGUUGCUGCAGCUCCCAGGAUCAGCUCUGCCCUCCCCCCAAACGCCAGCCUCUUCAGUGCUCCAGGGCACCUCCAGCAGUAACAGGUGGUUGCGGCAGGUGGCAGCCAGUCCCUGGGUGAGCCAAGGUCUUUUCCCCAGCCGGGCAUGGCCGACUCUGCACAGGCCCAGAAGCUGGUGUACCUGGUCACAGGGGGCUGCGGCUUCCUGGGAGAACACGUGGUGCGAAUGCUGCUGCAGCGGGAGCCCCGACUCGGGGAGCUGCGGGUCUUUGACCGACACCUGGGUCCCUGGCUGGAGGAGCUGAAGACAGGGCCUGUGAGGGUGACUGCCAUCCAGGGGGACGUGACCGAGGCCCAUGAGGUGGCAGCAGCUGUGGCCGGAGCCCAUGUGGUCAUCCACACGGCCGGGCUGGUAGACGUGUUUGGCAGGGCCAGUCCUGAGACCAUCCAUGAGGUCAACGUGCAGGGCACCCGGAACGUGAUCGAGGCUUGUGUGCAGACUGGAACACGGUUCCUGGUCUACACCAGCAGCAUGGAAGUUGUGGGGCCUAACACCAAAGGUCACCCCUUCUACAGGGGCAACGAAGACACCCUAUAUGAAGCAGUGCACAGGCACCCCUAUCCUUGCAGCAAGGCCCUGGCUGAGCGGCUGGUCCUAGAGGCCAAUGGGAGAGAGGUGAGCCCAGAAAUAGGAGGCGCAGAGAUGGGGCUCCUGCCCUGUACACCCCCUUACCCCGCCAGCCCAAGGAAGCUGGGGCUGAGAGCGAGCUGUCAGGUCUCAGGUCUCAGCAGUGCCUGCCUUUGCCACCAGGUCCAUGGGGGGCUGCCCCUGGUGACGUGUGCCCUUCGUCCCACGGGCAUCUACGGUGAAGGCCACCAGAUCAUGAGGGACUUCUACCGCCAGGGUCUGCGCCUGGGAGGUUGGCUCUUCCGGGCCAUCCCGGCCUCUGUGGAGCAUGGCCGGGUCUAUGUGGGCAAUGUGGCCUGGAUGCAUGUGCUGGCAGCCCGGGAGCUGGAGCGGCGGGCAGCCCUGAUGGGCGGCCAGGUGUACUUCUGCUACGACGGAUCGCCCUACAAGAGCUACGAGGACUUCAACAUGGAAUUCCUGGGCCCCUGUGGACUGCAGCUGGUGGGUGCCCGCCCACUGCUGCCCUACUGGCUGCUGGUGUUCCUCGCUGCCCUCAAUGCCCUGCUGCAGUGGCUGCUGCGGCCGCUGGUGCUCUACGCGCCCCUGCUGAACCCCUACACGCUGGCCGUGGCCAACACCACCUUCACUGUCAGCACCGACAAGGCUCAGCGCCAUUUUGGCUAUGAGCCCCUGUUCUCGUGGGAGGAUAGCCGGACCCGCACCAUUCUCUGGGUACAGGCCGCUGGGAGUUCAGCCCAGUGACGGCGGGGCUGGGGCCUGGAGGCCCAUCAUGGCACAUCCACCCAGGUCCUGAGCCCUCACACCCUGGACGGGAAGGGAUGGCUGCAUUCCAGAGCAGGAGAUAGGGCUCUGGGGCCAGAAUGGCUGUCCUAGAGCCCUCCACAUUUUUUUUUUUUUUUUGAGACAGGGUCUUGCUCUGCCACCGAGACUGGAGUGCAGUGGCGUGAUCAUAACUCACUGCACCCUCAACCUCCUGGGUUCAAGUGAUCCUCCUGCCUCAGCCUCCUGAAUAGCUGGGACCACAGGUGCACACCACCACAUCUGGCCUUUUUUUUUUUUUUUUUUUUUUUGGUAGAGGCAGGGUCUCACUAUAGUGUCCAGGCUGGUCUUGAACUCCUAGGCUCAAGUGAUCUUUCCACCUGGGCCUCCCAAAGUGCUGGAACUACAGGUGUGAGCCACCGUGCCCGGCCCAAGCCCUCCACAUCAUCAAUCCAGGAGCCUUGAGUCUGUGUUUUGUCCUGACGCCUCGAAGUCCUAGGGCUGUCAGGAUACAAGGGCAGGGUUUGGGGACAGAGUGUCCUUCCUCUGUCCUCUCACCCCGGUCCUGAUGGCCGCUUGGUGAGGGUCGGUGCCCUGGCGACCUGCCCGGGCUCUCUUCUGGCUUUCUGAGCAGGAAGCGAGCAGAGGCUCCACAGGCUCACGCUGCUCUCCUGACAUCCACGCAUGACCUUCAGGUCUCAGUGCAGAGUGCAGAGGCGGCUCUGGUUCCUCCAGCCACCUCAGUCCCUCUUUGGGAAGUGAUGUUCCCAUUGUUUUUCAAAGGCCUCACCUUCAACCGUCUGUCUUAGAAUUCCCCUCUGGAGGGCUGCGGCCUCCCUACGCUUUCACUUCCCACCUCUCUACCCAAGUUCCUUCCCUGCACAUUACCAGCCCCAGGCCUGGGGAUGUCCCAGAUGCUGUACCUGGCUGCGCCCAGAUUAAAAGCCUCAUCCACGACUGUGUCCAUCUGUCUGUCCAGCUCUCCCUCCCGCCCCCCGCACCCCGUGUCCGCCUCCCCACGGCGCCCAUCCCACAUGGGGACAGAAGGAAGUGAGCACACAGCACGCCCGCUGUUGGAUUGGUUGCUAUUUCUCCCGUCCCACAGGGCCCGACCUGGCCCGGGGUGGGGUGGGGGGCUCUGGGGACAGGACAUGCAGGGCGGAAGGGGGGGCGGGGGCAGGAUUUUCCUGUGUUUUAUCCAUUUGCAAGUUGGUCACCAAUAGAGAGAAAUGGGACUCUGAGGGCUAACAGGAGAGGGCGGCCUGGCUCUGGGCCCCAGCCAGGCCCCAGGAGUCCUGUCCCCUCUGGGGAGGGGAGGGAGAGAGCUCUAGAAACCAACGGAGAAACAGAGAAGGGGGCAGGGGCUCAUGUCAGCAAACACAGCUACAUCACGUGACACGCCAGCGACACAGAAACACACGCCAACGCACACGGCUGCACAGCGGGCAGGGGCGGUUAGGGGAACGGGAGCCGGGGGCCACCCAUCUUGUCCUCUGCGGGGCGGGCUGGGGGGCAGGGUGAAUGCAUAGAACACGUCAUGUGUACACGCUCAGGGCGUGGCAAGAGCGUGCGACCCACGGGCACAUGGGAUGGACACGCAGUGUGCUUCAUGAGGGACGGGAACAGGGAGGAGGGGGAGGAGGAGCACAGAGCCCUGGCCAGGCCCGGGACCACCCGCAGGGCACACGUGGGCUCGAUGGUUGUAGGCGCCUGGGCAGGCGGCACACAUUUGUCCGAGAACAUGCAAAAGACACCAGCCCCCAGACAACACACCAGGACGCACACAGACAGCAGCCGACAAGCAGACACAUCAUAGGAUGCGGGGGACGCGUAGAAAGUCAGGGCACAGCAGACCCUUGGAGAUCCCCUGGUCCACCUGAGGCCCAGAGAGGGGCAGCUGUGGGCCCGAUGCCACUACAGGCGGUGGAAGCGGUGCCCCAGCCAUGCUGCAACCCUUCUCCUGUGGCCCCAAGGCCGUGGGACUUCCAGAAACACCUGGGCUGAAUGGGGGUCCUGUCCAGCCAGGCAGAAGAGGGGACUGGGGGCUGGGGUCUGCUCUGGCAUCUCCCAGGCAGCCCGAGAUGGGAACAGGAAGGCUGUGGCCAGACUUGGGGCAGACUUCCUGUCCUGCAGAGGGUGGUUCUGGGAAGGGACAGGCAGGCCCCCAGGUCAGCACAGCCCACCCGGGGUUACGCACAUGGCCAUACUGACACGCACACAGGACAGGGGAGAGCUCGGCUAUCUGAGCUGGAGUAGAGGCGGAGGGGUACUGUGUUCUGGGAGGUCACAUCUAUAUGGCCACACACACACACAAUGCACACACACACACAAUGUACACACA